AUGACUGAGAAGAAUGGCGUCGAACCCAGCGUGGCUCCUGCUCCUACACCAGAAGCAGGAACUCCAGACACUUGGUCUCGCCCUGCAUCGCUCUAUCCUUCAGGAGACUUUCGAAACUCUCAGGCAGACAUCAACGAGAUUAAGUGCGAUGUGAUGGUCAACUGGCUGUACCAACAGCAGAUGGAGCGCCUUUGGACCGCUGGUGGCACUGACGAGGGUGUCAUCCUCAAGAAGUCUAGAGGACAAUACACUUGUUGCCCAGCAGAUAUUGCUGACGAGCCAUAUGGCUUCUUCAAGUCAAUCGAGACUCUCAACGUCCGAGUUGCAAUGACUGUGAACACCAGAGUCAUCAAGCUCUUCCUCCACAACAAUCAGCGACCAUAUGUGCCACUGAAGAACGGCCUUCGCCUGCAGGUUCUCCCAGACAUGUCAUAUCUUCCUCGUUGCCAGAAGCAUCAAUUCGCCGCUUUCAUCGCCGACCGCGGCCUCCUUGUCGUAUGGGACGACGAGCCUCGCCAUCUCUUAGACCGUGCCCAUAAGAUCGAAAAGUCUCUCAUGGAAAUGAUUUGGGAAGAUGAGUUCGACCCUGACGACAAGAAAGAAGGCAGUGUUGCUGUCCAUGAAGUUGGAAUGUCUGAUACCGACUCCGGCCUGGCUGAGGAAGGAUACCAGGAGCCAAAGCGCAACAUUGUCCUCUACGAAUCAGUGCUCUGCGCCGCUACGCUAUUGCUCACUUUCCUGGCCAUUGGAUCUGGUUUCGUCCAUAUUGCCGUCGAGACAUUCAUCGACCACAGCUACAUCCGCUUGGCAUUCGUCCUGGUCGUGCCGCUUCAGAUGUGGCUGGGAUUGUUCUUCUUCCAGUCUGUUGUGAACAACGUUGCCCAGCUCAUUGGACCCAUCUCGCAGAUCAAUACCAACACCAAGUUCUACUCUGGACUCCGACCAAAGCGACUUCGUCGCGAAGUAGCUGGUUUGCCACAUCUUACUAUCCAGAUGCCGGUGUAUAAGGAGGGCCUCACUGCUGUCAUUGAACCUACGAUCCGAUCUAUCAAAGCUGCUAUCUCCACGUACGAAAUGCAAGGCGGUACUGCUAACAUCUUCGUCAAUGACGACGGUAUGCAAUUGAUCAAUGACGAUGAUGCCCGGGCUCGACAAGACUUUUACGACGAGAACAACAUUGGUUGGGUCGCUCGGCCAAAGCACAAUCCAAAACCUGCUGAGGGUGAGGAAGCAUUUGUGCGUCGUGGAAAGUUCAAGAAAGCUUCUAACAUGAACUACGCUCUUUGGGUCAGCAACCGUGUUGAAGAGAAGCUGAACGGCCUCGAACGUCACCAGAACUGGAACCAGGAAGACGAAGCUGGCGCAUACCGAGACGCACUUGCGACGAUUGUCGAAGAGGACGAAGGCAGGACUUGGGCAGAUGGCAACAUCAGAAUGGGUGACUACAUUCUUAUCAUCGACUCCGAUACUCGUGUGCCUACGGACUGUUUCCUGGACGCUGUCUCUGAAAUGGAGCACAGUCAACAAGUCGCUAUCAUCCAGUACACUUCCGGUGUCAUGAACGUUACGGACUCCUACUUCGAGAAGGGAAUUACCUUCUUCACCAACCUGAUCUACACUGCCAUCAAAUUCGCUGUCGCAAACGGUGAUGUUGCUCCUUUCGUUGGCCACAACGCUGUCCUCCGCUGGUCUGCUCUCCAAGCUAUCGGCUACGAAUGUAAGAAUGACAGUCGCGAGAAGUUCUGGUCCGAAGACACUGUAUCGGAAGAUUUCGACAUGGCUCUCCGUCUGCAAACCGCUGGCUACGUCGUCCGUCUCGCUGCAUACCAAGGAACCGGUUUCAAGGAGGGUGUCUCGCUCACUGUCUACGACGAGCUUGCACGUUGGGAGAAGUAUGCAUACGGCUGCUCGGAACUCAUCUUCCACCCUUUCCGCUACUGGUUUACUCGAGGACCAUUCACCAAGCUCUUCCGCAACUUCAUCUGCUCAUCCAUGCCUUUGCCAUCGAAGUUCACCAUCAUGGCAUACAUUGGUACCUACUACGCCCUUGGCUCAGCUUGGAUUCUUACAGUUGCCAAUUACUUCUUGACUGGCUGGUUCAAUGGAGCCCUCGACCACUACUACAUCGACUCCUUCAAGAUUUACUUCGCCAUCAUCAUCAUCUUCUCCGGACUUGGUAACGUGUCUCUUGCUGUUCUCCGCUACCGUCUCGGCGAAGGCAGCAUCGUGCGCAACAUUUUCGAGAACUUCAGCUGGGUCCCACUUUUGAUGAUCUUCCUCGGGGGUGUCUCGCUCCACGUAUCGCAAGCCAUCUUGUCGCACUUGUUCAGCGUAGACAUGAACUGGGGAGCGACGAGCAAGGAAGCCGAAAACACAACCUUCUUCAAGGAAAUUCCCAAGGUCAUCAAGAAGUUUAAGGGGACAUUUGUUUUCGUGUCUAGGAACUUCUCCGGCUCUUUGACACUACCAAUCUCUCGAACAAUGAGAUCUCCUUAUGGCUGA